AUGAUUCUUGAAUAUAGCAUUGCUUACUUCUUAGUUGAUCUUUUACAUUACUUGAUCCUUCAUCCAAGUGAUAUUCUAUUCAUUGCUCAUCAUUUGGCUACUCUUUACGUGUUUUUAACUUGUCGAUUCAUCGUUCAUCAUGGUGGAGUUACUGUUAUUAGCCUUCUUGUUCUAGCUGAGAUCACAAGUCCUUUGCAAAACAUAUGGAGUCUUGCUAGAUAUCGAAGAAUCGAUACACCUAUUGCUGCUAAAUUGUAUGAUAAAUUGUCACCAGUAUUUUAUAUGUUGUAUAGUUUGGUUAGAGGGAUUCUUGGACCAUUGUUUGUUUAUAAGAUGGGAUUGGCUUUUGCAAGUGGAAAAGGAGAUGGUGUGAUUUGUAGGGCUAUGUGGAUGUCUUGGAUGGUUGUGAUUGUAAGUGCAAUCUUGGUUAGUAUAUUGUGGGUGAUGAAUCUUUGGGUAGACUUGUUUAGAGAAAGACAGAGGAAGUUGUUGAAGAAAUGUAAUUGA